AAAUCAUAUCCUAGUCUUGAAUUCUAAAUCUUUUUUUUUUCAUUGAAGAAGAUGAGCGAUUCUUUCGCACAUUCUACGUCACACAAUUGUUACUACCGUCACAAAAAGAAGAAAUCUUCAACAAUGUUUACAACACCAUUUUCUUCUCCUUCAACCGCAUUUUUCUCUCCACCUAAAGCCUCAUAUUCUUCUUCUUCUUCUUCUUCUUCUUCUUCUUCUUCGUUACCUCUUCGUAGUUCUUUCACUUUUUAUCAUCUUCGAUUUAAUGCAACAACUUCUUCUUCUUCUGUAACAACUUCUGGAACUUCUUCUUCUUCAUAUUGUUCUCCUCUUGCUUUCAAUUCUAAUAAUAAAAAACCUAAAGAAAUUUCUGCUAAUAUGGCGGCUUCUUCUGUUUCUUCUCGCACUUUCCUCAAUGCCAGAAAUGAACAAGAUGUUCUUUCUGGAAUUAAGAAGGAAGUAGAAGCCGGAACUUUGCCCCCCACUAUUGCUGAAGGGAUGGAAGAAUUGUACCUUAACUAUAAAAGUGCAGUUGUUAAAAGUGGAGAUCCCAAAGCAGAUGAGAUUGUAUUGUCAAAUAUGACUGCUUUAUUAGAUCGCAUAUUUUUGGAUGUGAAGGAGCCUUUUGUCUUUGAAGCACACCAUAAAGCAAAGAGAGAGCCUUUUGACUACUACAUGUUUGGCCAAAAUUAUAUUCGUCCCUUAGUUGAUUUCAACACUUCUUACGUUGGCAACAUGCCCCUUUUCAUACAAAUGGAAGAGCAACUUAAGCAGGGACACAAUAUUAUCUUGAUGUCAAACCACCAAAGUGAAGCUGAUCCAGCUAUUAUUGCAUUGCUGCUUGAAAUGCGACUUCCACAUAUUGCUGAAAACUUGAUUUAUGUGGCAGGAGAUAGAGUUAUAACCGAUCCUCUAUGCAAGCCCUUCAGUAUUGGCAGGAAUCUGAUCUGUGUUUAUUCAAAAAAGCACAUGCUUGAUGAUCCAGCACUUGUAGAGACGAAAAGAAAAGCAAAUACACGAAGUCUGAAGGAAAUGGCCACGCUUUUAAGGAGUGGAUCACAAAUAAUUUGGAUUGCCCCAAGCGGUGGUAGGGAUCGACCAGUUGCCAACUCUGGGGAAUGGGCACCGGCACCCUUUGAUUCUUCUUCAGUGGACAAUAUGCGAAGGCUUGUCGAUCAUUCAGGUCCACCAGGUCAUAUCUAUCCUAUGGCAAUACUGUGCCAUGACAUAAUGCCCCCUCCACUAAAGGUUGAAAAAGAAAUUGGGGAGAAAAGAAUUAUAUCAUAUCAUGGGACUGGCAUAUCACUUGCUCCAGAAAUAAGCUUUUCCGACAUCACUGCUUCUUGUGAAAAUCCUGAAAAGGCUAAAGAAGCAUACUCGAAAGCCUUGUAUGAUUCUGUGACUAGUCAAUAUGAUGUGCUGGAGUCUGCCAUACACGGCAAAAAAGGAUUAGAAGCAUCAACUCCCGCAGUUUCCUUGUCGCAGCCAUGGAAGUAGUUCAGAUUUGAAUCUUUCUGAUUACACUUUUCACUGAUUCUCAGAUGCAAGUUACAAGGCGUCAGUAAAACAAUCCAACUGAUUCACUUGAGAUUACUGUCUUUUACUACAUCCAAGGGCUUGAUGGAAAUUUCCUGUCAAAUAUUUUCUUUUCAAUUUUUCUGUGUGCUUGCCAUUAUCAGUAAUCUGUUUCAGAAGGUUCAAAAUCAGCUGCUGUACAGGUCCCUCCUAGUUCCUUACCACAUCCAGUCCAUUGACUGAUAAGAGACCAAAUAUAAUUUUACCAAUUUUUUUUGUAUCAGGAUUUCUUUUAGCUAGCUAAAUAGAUAAUAGCUAAUUUUCCAUUUGUAAUUUUGAGUUCAAUUUGUUUCAUUAUAGAUGUAUAAUUGUUAAUAUUAGAACCUUUUCAUUAUCAAAUUAUUCAAACGUUCCACAUUAUAAGCAGGUCCAAAUGCAAUUGGAUGAUGAUUCACAUUGGCAGAAUUAAUAAAAGUGAUGCACUUACUUU